CUGUCAUUGUCAUUCAUUUUUACUGCGGCUAUCUACGUAGAAUUAGCACGUGUUCUGUAUUUUAUUUAAUUUCGUGAAUUUAAUUACAAAAAUUAGUAAAAAAGAUACUUAAAAGUGAAUAUAUACCGAUUGUUUUAAUACAUACUUUACUCAGUUACCAUGUAAACUAUUAAGAAGAUAUGUCUAAAGAAGGUUAUACAGCGGAUAAGAAAGAAGGAGAUAAUAAAGUGGUUUUAGAAAGACUACAAACAUAUCUGAAAGAUAAAAAGAGCACAGAAGUAUCAGAAUCUAGUUCAGGCUACAGCAAACCAAGCACAAGUUACGAGCAAAGUCAUUCAACACCAGUUUUUGAAGACAGUAGCAACGUGUUGCGAGAAGUGUUAAACCAUAAAAAGGCCGAAUUACUUCGGCAACCUGAAGUGGUAGCAUAUUUAAAGUCGGUCUCGUCAGAUCUCAAAAAGUAAAAUGGCUUUAACAGCUAAUAAAAGUGUAGCUAGCUUGAUGCAAAAAGCUAUUAAUCGCCAAGCCGCUAUUACCCGUUUAAAGUUUAAAUUAUCUGAGAAACAAGUGGAAAAUAUUAUUCUAAGUUACACCAGAGAAGGCAACAGUGGUCCUUAUGUUGAAUUGAUGAAGGUGUUAAAGGAGUAUCCAUUGAAUGAUGACAAUUUUAGAAUUUUAUUUGAAGACUGCUUGUCGUGUGUAGUGUUAUUUAACAGGGACUUUAGUCAGUUUGUAGAAUUAGUGUGUAAUGUUGAGUGGGCUAGCCGUAAGUCGGAGCUAGUUGAAUUGUUCAGCAAGUUUGUGCUGAGUUUGGUGACUGCGCACACAUACCACUGCCCGAGAGUUAUGACAUGCCUCAUGCGGUGUUUCAAAGCUGAUGGUGAAAAUUGGGAUGAGAGUCCAACUGAUGAGACUGUCUCUCUGUGGUCCAACAUUCACACAAUCAUAGCACAAAUUGUAGCUAUCAUGCCUAUGACAAGCGACAUUCUGAUGCGGACAGUAAUAGAACAAUUCCCCUAUUACAAGGCGGGGUGUUACAUCAACAGGUCCUACGUUCACAAUCUGAUCUGGAUGAGCAAAUACAUACCACUGUUGCAGGAACAGAUUAUGGCUGCAAUUGUUACUAGGAUGGUAGAAAUGGAUGUCAACAUAGUAGAGUCAAACAAAAAUAAAUGCAAAGACGAUACGAUGUUUGAAAUGGAGUCUGAAGAACAAGAUGUAGUCAGCGAGACCUUAGAUUACUGUAUGCUGGAAGUUUUAAAAUGGCUAGAAGACGAGAGGGACACAGCGAUGAAUGUUAUGUGCAAUAUUUUCGAAAGGAUAAUAUUACCUACAUAUGGGACAAGGCACGUCCAAUUCCUCUUACUGUACACAAUAUCAAUAAGCCAGCAAUGUGCCGAUCGAGUUCUGAACAAUCUCUGGAUCAUCGCAGCCGGGCUCCACGGGUUGGGGCCCGGAGCCCUAUCGACCAGAAGAACGGCGGCAAGCCACCUAGCUGGUCUUUUAGCCCGCUGUGUCAGAGUGCCAAAUAGCAGAUUGAUACAUUACCUAAAAAGCAUGGCGGAAUGGUGUCAUUCGUAUAUAACUGCAACUCAGGAGUCGACUACGGCUACCGAUAACACAAAACACCAUGGGGCGUUUUAUGCGAUAUGCCAUGCUGUUUUCUAUCUGGUCGCGUUUAAGAAUCAUCACCUGUUCAUGAGUAAAGAAAGUCUCCUGUUCGUAGAGUCCCUAAACCUGCCGAGGCUAGUGACGUGCGCCCUCAACCCCCUGCGGUCGUGUCCGCCGCAAGUGACCCACGCCUUUUCCUCCGUGACCCGCGCCCACCAAGUUGUCUAUUGCCAGUCCAUCAUAGAGAAGAACAGCAGGCACACAUUGUCCACUGUGAAACAACAAUACGAUGAAUGGUUCCCGUACGAUCCUUAUACCUUGCCUAGAUCCGGCAAAAAAAUAUGGCCGCUGUGCAUAGAGUACAAAGACUUCUUAAAAGAAGGCGAUGACGAGUCGCAAUAUUCGAGAAUGACGAAAAAGAUGGAAGAUGAUGACUAUCUGAUGAUGGCUACUAGUCCAAAAUUAGCCAGCUCCCUGACAAAUGGCGUUACUGCUGGCUUUAGGACCAGUGAAAGUGUAUUCAUGUAGAUUACUAGGAAAUUUUAACCUAAUGUUGCCAAUUUAUUGAGUUUAGCCAUAUAUAUUGACGAACUGGAAAAAGAAUUGUAUAUAACAUGUUUUCUCAAAAUAAUAUAAAAUUUACGUAAUUGCAGCAGGUUGUGUGCGAUGAAAAGGUAGAGAAAUACAUUUUUGUUUUUUUUUUAUGGAAACCAUGCUACAGAACAUAGUUGUAUGUGUAAAUUAUUGCCAAUAUUAUUAAUUAUUCAUAAAAACAAUCUGUGAAUCUGUGUAGUGAAUUUAAAACUAAUUGUGAAAAAUUCAACAAUAAAAUAAACACGUACCGCGUCUUCAUCUUUUAAUUGUUUAAACCACGCGGUAAAUUUUAGUCCUUUUUGCAUUAUUGUUUAUUUUAUCUGUAGUGAUUUUUAUUUAUCUUUGAUUAAAUAUUUUUAUGUAACUUCUAUUGUAAGAACCAAUGUUAUGUUCGUCAAUGAGACCGCCUGUAAGUUAAACAGUGAAUUUCUAAUAUAAGAUCUCUUGUUAUAUUUAUACUCAGCUUAUAAUGAACGGUUGGCUAACAAUAAAUUAUAUUUUAUUGAA